CCAUUUUUCGAUAGUCGCAAACCGCCAUGAACGAGAACGACAAGCCAUCAGACGAGUCUACGACACGUUUACUUUUUGAAAUUGACACAGAUGGAGAAGGUGAUGAUGACAUACAUUUCUGUAAAAGAUGUCGUCUUAUGUUCACAAGUCUUCAAGAUUACCUUGAUCAUAAAGUACAACAUGACAAAUACAAAGUUAGUUUCUCAAGGAACGGCAAAAACAGGAAGCUGAUUAUUCCUAAGCUAAUACAACCAGAGGAUAUUAAACAUGAACCAGGAAAUGCCAGCGAAAUCACUGAUAACACAGAACAAGAAAUUCACAAGAAGAAAAGAGGUAGAAAAAGAAAAAGUGAGGAGGUGUUAAAGGAACAAGUACCAGAAGAGAAUAACAUCUAUACCACAUCAUAUACCUGCAUGAAGUGUGAUUUGAAAUUUAAUAGAGAGGCAGCAUUGAAGAGACACAUAGCUUUUGUUCAUGAAGAGGAAACAGCAGAGGAUUCAGAUGAAGACAAGGUAGAUGAGGAUUACCUAGAACCAGAAUCUGAUGAAGAGGAUGAUAGGAGACCACCAAGAAGUCCUAAACAGUAUAAUAUCAUAAAGAAUUCAGAUGGGGGAGAUAGACCUUAUGAAUGUCACAUUUGUCAUAAUAGGUUUAAAGAGGUCAGUAUUCUAAAAACACACAUGCUGACCCACAGUGAUACCAGAGACUUUCCGUGCACAAUACAAGGUUGUACCUAUGCCUUUAAAACAAAAGGUGCUUUAAAGCGUCAUCUCAGAAGACAUACAGGUGAAAGACCUUAUUCUUGUGAGGCUUGUGGUCGUAGUUUUACAGAAUCUGGUGCUCUGACUAGGCACAUGAGAUCAAGAAUGCCUUGUACCAAUAAAUCAGAUAGUGAUUUACCAAGGUAUAAAAUGAAAUGGAAUCUACCAAAUCAAACCAUUCAUCAGAUUGGUGAAUCAGACAUACAGGAAGUUGAUGAAGAAUCAUCUGUUGUACAAAUAUCUGACCUAGUGGCUGCAGCAUUGAACUCUGAUACCCUACAUACUAAUGCUGAUGGUAGUAUACAGGUAGUCAUUUCAUCAGAUCAGGGUGAUGUUAGACUGUCUGGGCUGGAUGGCAGUUCUGACGAAGUUGUAGUGAUAAACCUGGGAAAUACCGAACAAGAAGAGACAGUUUCACAAACACACUGUAAGGUCUGUGAAGAGCAGUUACCAACAAUGUACCAGCUUAAGGAACAUCUGAGAAAGCAUAUAACAGACAAUGCUAAUAGAUGUAAAAUCUGUCAUUUUAUAUCAGAGGAUCAAGAACAGCUGGUUAAACAUUACACGGCACAUCACCCAGAAGAGAGUGAUGAUAUACUUACAGUACCUUUCAAAGAAGAGGGUGCCAAGGAUGCAUUAAAGCAGUUACUGGAACUACCAGAUGAUGAAGAAAAUGACAAAUUAACACAGAAGUGUCCUGUUUGUCUGAAACCAUUUAGAGGAAGUUCAUAUCUCAAACUACAUAUGAAAUCACAUAUAGGUGAAAAAGCUCAUAAAUGUACUGUGUGUGAUAAAAGUUUUAUAACCAAAGACACUUUAAACAAACACAUGAGUGUUCAUAAUACAGAAAGGCAGUAUAAAUGUGGUGAAUGUGGUAAAUUGUUCAAAAGGAUCUCACAUGUCAGGGAACAUCUCAAAAUACAUUCUGUAGACAGACCUUUUCCUUGUUCAGUCUGCUCAAAGUCCUUCAAAUCUGCUAAUGCUAUGAGAGUACACAUGAGAACCCAUACCAGCAUUUUACCAUAUGAAUGUAAAUUUUGUCAUCGUAAAUUUCGUGAAAAAGCUUCACUACUGCGACAUGUUAGAAUGCAUACAGGAGAACGUCCAUUUAAAUGUAACAGAUGUGGCAGAGCAUUUGCUGAACAUGGUACACUCAACAGGCAUCUAAAGGCAAAAGUUCCAUGCACUGGCCAUUCACUACCAAUUCAACAGGACCAGACAGAUUAUAAUGCUACAGUAUUAUCAGAGUUUUCAUCGGUUGUUGCAGACACCCAGCAGUAUAUCAUGUCUGAUACUACUGAACAGCAGGUAGAAGAUGCAACGGAAUAUGUUGUUGUUCAGACUGGUACUGAUGACUUUCAGAAUGUAGAGAUUAUUACAGAGGAGGAAGUUCUAGAGGGAGUUGAAGUCUCAAGAGAUUACAUUCUAUUAAAUGAAGAUGGAGGAAAUGUCAGAAUUGUAGAUUCUAAAACAGGAGAGACAAUCGCAACAAUGCCAUCAUCAGCGUUAACUGAAUCUUCUUCCUCAGGGGAGAUAAUUGCCACUUUACCACCAAACUAUACAGAAGUGGAAGAAUCGGUCAGUGAUGAACAAAUUGCUCAGUCACUUAUUCAGGCUAUAGAAGAGGGAAAUACCAUUGUAGAAAAUGUGCAAGUGACAGAAAUGCAAAUUGUAGAACGUGAUGAGAAUCAAGUUUCUGAUUGAUGAUGACAAUUCUAAUUUGUAUUAAAGUUCUUAUGAAACAUACUAGUAAAACAAAUUGUUCUGAAUUUAUAGUGCAUGUCAAUGUCAGUAAAGUCUUAACUUAAUUUUGAUAUGGGAGUAUCAGAAUGGAAAAUACCAGUAGUUGAAUAUACACAAUCAACUUUUUUCACAAAAGAAUUACAAUAUUUUUUAACAAAAGAAAGAGAUUUUUAUUUACCAUGCAGCAGGUUAUUUUUGUGAGGUGUUAAAUGUUUUGCUUGUUUAAGUGGGUAAACCAAAAUCAUAAAAAUAAAUUUUUCCAUUGUAUGUUACUUAAUAAUAGCUGAAGCAUCUCAGUAACAUUUUUAAAGUGUACAGUUAACCAGUCUAUUACAGUACAUUUAAGUUUUAACAACAUAAGUGCCAUAGGGCUGUUCUCCAAUAUAUGUAAAAUUAGGUCUUUUUUGAGUUUCUUUUACUUUUACUUUAAUAAAUUUAAAGUUUAAGUCUUACCCAGUUUAAUAAGUGUUAAAUUUGUUUUUUUGUCAAAAUUGACAGUUAAAAAAACCAACUAUUUAUUAUUACAUAAAAGGUGAUGUGAUAUUUGUAUUAACUAAUUACAUAUUGUAAGCAUUUUUUUACACCUGUGACAAAUUCCUGGUUACACUUUUGAUCAGUUUUAUCACAUUCACAACAUGAAAAAUAAAGGCAAUAUUACUUAAUGUCUAUAAAUUAUAUUAUUAAUUACAUAAAUAAUAUAAUUGAAUAUUUACUAUUUAUUAUGCAUACUGAUUUACACAAUACAUAUAUAUUCAAUAUUUUUUUUUUAAAUAAGAAAAGGCAACUUUUUAUUUUGUAUACAGAACUAUGUCAAAGAUUGACCAGUACUUGUAAGUGUUUUGUGUCAAUCUAUGUUACAACUUUUUGACGUGCAUACAUUUAAUAUUCUUCCAAAAAUGCUACAGGAGCCUGUAAUUCAGUGGUUGUGGUUUAUUUCUGUGUAUCAUAUUUGUUUUUCGUUCAUUAUUUCGUACAUAAAUAAGGCUGUUAGUUUUCUCAUU